UGAAAAUAUAAUUAGUUUCUAAAGUUACUACUAAGUUAAUAGUGUUAUUUCUAUUACUAGUAUUAGUAUUACUAUUUGUAAGUCAUAAAAAUGACAAAUUUGAUAAAAUUUAAGUCGAUAGUAUAAAACUACAGUAUACUGUAUAGUAUAAUUAACUUAUUUAGUUAUUAAGUGACAUAACUGAGUACUUAUUCAGUUUAUUGUACUUUGUACACACUGUGGCAUAGUCAUUCACGCAAUUUAGUGAUUUUACUAUUUACUUGUACUGUCAUAAUUUGAUAAUGAACUUUUGAACGUAACAUAUCGUGAUUAUGAUAUAUCAUAUACUAUAGCAACAAAGUAACAUAUUUGGUGCUGGUCUUGGCUUGAGCAUUUUGUUGGAAAUCUUGGAAUUGAUCUGAAAUUGAAUCAUGUAGAUAUUAUGUCCCUUGCUGGUAAGUAAAACUAGAGUUGAAGGAGUACUACUGGUACUACAACCAUUCAAAAAUCAAAAUUUUGGUAGGUCGACGCUGACGAUAGACAGCAAGCACUGGACUUUAUUAGUGGAGGAACUUGUUCAACAAGCUGGAACAUUUCUACUCAGACCUGGGAGAAGUUGCAAUGGUGUCCACACGUGGUGUGAAAUUUAAAUUUUCAGAAGGAGAAAAGGUGCUUUGCUAUGAACCAGACCCUACCAAGGCAAAAGUGUUAUAUGAAUCAAAGGUUCUAGAAUUGGUGGUGAAUCGAGACACUAGAGGAAGAAAAGUCCCGGAAUAUCUUGUUCAUUUUUCAGGCUGGAACAGCAGCUGGGACCGAUGUGUCUCGGAAGAUUAUAUUUGUCCAGACACUGAAGACAACAGAAAGCUACAGAAGCAACUAGCUGAAGAAGCAGCAGAAAAGUUAAAAGGAAGUAGGAGGAAACUUCCACCAGUCAUCAAAGAAACACUUAAUAAGAAGCUUUGUAAGGAGACAGAAAAGGAAAACAAAAAUGAGCUUGCCAAACGACUUGAAGAAUCAUCAACAGAAAGUGAAAGUUCUGAAGAUGAAGAAAUUGAUCAUAUAGUUGAAAUUACCAUCCCAGGGAUAUUGAGGGAGAUUCUCGAAGAGGACUACCACAACAUUAAUAACAAAAAAAUGCUGGUGAGACUUCCUUCUGAACCAAAUGUUGUGUCUCUACUAGAAGCUUAUGCCAAAUCUGUUGCAGUAAAUACUGUGUGUUCAUCCCCACCCAAAAAUUCCAAAAACCACAGCCAGUCUCAACAUUUAUCAGCUGAUUCACGAAUUCGAAUUGAGCUAUGUCGAGAGGUAGUGGAUGGAUUUCGAGUAUUUUUUGAUUUUACCUUACCAAGUUUACUGUUAUAUCGGAGUGAAAAAUCUCAGUAUUCAUCAGUUCGAAAUUUCCAAGUUCCAGCUCAUCCUUUAACCAGUGUCACACACAACAGUGAUUCUGUUGAAAUAAUAACUAAAGAACACAGAGAAGUAUCCACACAGCAGAUACCCUCUUGUAAUGGUACUUCACGAAAAACUUCCUCUGCUGCAUCAGUCUUGCAUUUGCCAACAUCACUUAGUGGCAGACGAAGCUGUAAUGCUAGGUACUCGGCAAGUUCAGAACAUCUAUCAACUUCAGAACCAGUUAAAUCCCACUUACACAUGAGAAGGGACAGUCAAGGAUUAUCUGAUUCAGCUAGUAACAGCUCUCCACCAAGAAGGCUGUUGCGCUCCUCAGGCCCCACAGUUCAAAACCAACUUAAGUCAAAUAACAAAGAAACAUCUGAUUCUGAGAGUUGUCACCCAACAUCUGCAACUGUCCACCAUAACUUAAGAGCAAUAUCUCUAGCAUUUCAGGGAGUUCACUCAUCUACCACAUCAUCAAGUGUUCCACAUGUGAACACUUCACAACUUUCCAGUCUAGCACAACGUACUCAACCUCCACCACCAUUAAGCCUUACAUCUGUACAUGUAGCUAGUGCAAGUUCCUCGGCUUCCUCCACAUACUCAGGACCUUCAACCCCUCCUCUUAAUAACUCAGCUCUCUGUUUGAGAGAAAGUUCUCAAGUGCUAGAUGAGGUACUUACUUGGCAAUUGGUACCAGAAAGUGUUUACAGGAAAAUUCCUCCACCACCAUCUGUUGUAUAUGGAGCUCACCAUCUUCUUCGUAUGUUUGUUAAACUUCCUGAACUUCUCCAUAAGAUGAGUCUAUCCCAUCGAAAACUCAACCCAGUUCUCCAACACAUCCAUGGAUUGCUGCAGUACUUGACAGAGCGGCAUGAAGAACUUUUCCCCUCAUCUUUUUACAUUGUUACUGAAGAUGAGAGCAUUGGUAGCAGCACUUGAGACUAGACAAGGGAGGAAUAGGAUAUAGUCAGCUCUUUUAAAGUUUAUUGCUAAGUAAAAGUAUAUAAAAAUAGGCUCUUAAAUUUCAGCAGGACUAAAAAGAGUACAAUUAAAUCAUGAAACCUGUAUAUGUGUAAGAAAUGUCAUCAAGUGAGCAGUAUGCAUAAUCAGUUACUUGCCAUGUUUUUUUUUUCUUGGUUUUUCACAAUAAAA